AUGAAGAACCAGGACAUCCUAGACGCCCAGGCGAUCAUGGCUAUGAGCCCGCCGUCCACGUUGAAGAGUAUGCGGCAAACAGCCGAGCAUUAUCGUAGAGAUGAUUUCUCGCUGAAGCAAACACUGAACUACUGCCUAUCAGGACGCGUGGACCUUAAACGGCCUGAGGGCAUUGAAAUCGAUAAGCACCUGCUGCUGCACAUGAACGCUUUCCCUGCGUGGCGCCUGGGAGAGCCUAAGAAGGAUGCACUACGCAUUACACACGAAAUGUGGAGAGAGGCAAAGGAGGAGCGGCGGCUGACAUUCAGGCCGGAGCAUCAACCGGCUUGGCUCAAACAUGAUCGGCAGACACUGCGAUUCUACGCCUACUUCCAAGAGCCGGUCCAUGACAAUCCGACUGAGAACUAUCGCGUGCGUUACUGUCUUCUCCUUUUUUACCUUGAAGACGGCACAAUGCAGAUAAUGGAGCCUCGGAUUGAAAACAGUGGCCUACUGCAAGGAGCCUUCCUCAAACGGCAUAGAUUCCCCCGCCCUGACGGCUCUGGAUUCUUCACUAUGGAAGACCUCAAACUGAGCACCGACGUUAUCAUCUACACACGUGUCUUUCGUAUCAUCGACUGCGACCCCUUCACCAAGUGGUUUUAUGAACAGUGCAAUCUCGAUGUAGGACAAGCGUCGGAGCCUCUCAGCGACAACUUCUUCGAGAAUGAGGUUGUCCGCCGAGCCCACUUCCUUCUUCGGCGCCGCUUGGUGCCAAAAGACGUGAAGGAGUCCCGUGAGUAUACGGAAAUCAUGCUUGGUGGCAGCAGAAAGAACGUGGGCCUCAAACAGCAUUUGGACAACGACAGGAAGGUGUUGCGCUUCUUCUGUUACUGGGACGAUAAAACGAACUACGGGAUGCGCAGCUACUACGUUAUUCAUUACUUCCUUGCAGAUGACACAGUCGAGAUUCUCGAAUGCUAUCCUAAGAACUCUGGCAAAAGAGAAUUCCCGACCUUUCUGAAGCCUGAAGAUUUCGAAGUCGGACGAAUGAUCACAGUCUACAACCGACAAUUCCAUCUGUACGAUUGUGACGACUUCACGCGCGACUUUUACCUUAAAUACACCGGACUUCGGCAAGACAAGGAAGAAAUCGUUGACGAGCCUUUGGAACUCCCAAAGAUCCAGUGGAAACCUCAUGUACUUGGGCUUUCGACUGAAGAAGAUACACUCGCGUCGUGUCUCAACAUCGCGAAACUUGUGAAGGAGACGCGGGAGGAUGAGGAUCGCAGGUUCAUUAUCUCUGUUAGGGAACGGGACAACACGAUUAUGGUCUUCGAGAUCCGAAAGAACAACUCCGGCCACGUCGGCGGGAAAUUCGCGGAUGCCGGGAAAAAAAUCGACUCGGUUACAGGAAAGACUUACACGGCGGCUGAUUUCUAUAUCGGAGCCAUUGUGAACAUCAAUACCGUCGCGUUUGCCAUUAUCGAUGCAGAUGAACGUACACUGAACCAUAUGCAGGACCACCCCGCAAAGUACCCGGUCAGCGACUUCACUAAAAUUAAGAACAAGAUAUCUGGUGUUCUUCAUGCGCUCAAGGAAGGAAAUGUCCAAACCCUUUCACGGGCGGAACUGCAGUACCAUCUCUGCGGUGUCCUCCUGUCUGUUGUUCAAGUGACGUCAACAUCCAAGCCUUCUCUCAACGAUGGGGGGUCCGCCGCAGAGCUGGGGCGUAUCUCCAACCAGUUACAGGCAAUACCGACUAAUCAAAUGUGGGCGGGCGAAGCGUCUUCCAGAAGUCUGCAGACGACAGAGGAAGGCACUCAGGCAAGAAACGGUGUCAUCGAUGCAUCCCCUGUGCGCCAAGGAUUUCCUGUCAUAGUUCAGCUCCGCCAAGCCGUGGACGAUACCGAGUGUGCUGCAACUGAAUUUUUUGUUCAACUCGUUCAUGGUAGUUCCGUAGACGUCAUCCACCUGGUCCCAUCUAAUGGGCCUUCUUCGUUGCAGCCCGAUUCCCCCCCACCUGGUUCCCAAGAGAACCAGCCCUCGUUUAUAGACACCGCUGAGUCGUCAUCGCAGCCUGCAUCAACAGGAGGAGCCCGAGAUCUUCUCUCUUGGCUUCCCCCCAAAUCACAAGUGCCAGGGCUGUACACAAUUCCGAGCGAUCCUCGCUUCCGAUCUGUCCCCAGCUUGUCACCAUUGACUUCAAACGCUGCACCAGAGGGCGAAAGCGCAGAGGGGGGAGCAGUUCGGCCACCCUUUCUCUCUGACCACUUCUUGGAAGACGUCACCUCGCUUGUCGCAGACGACGUCGGCGAGGGUUCCGACGCGCGCAUGCUAGUGCGUUACGCAGCUAGUCUGUUUCGGCGCAAUGAGCGGGCAGCGACAGGCUGGGGACUGGGACCGACAGGCGAGGCGUUGCUGGGAACGCGGAAGUCUUGGCAAGAAAAGAGUGAAAAUGGGAAGGCCCCCUCGAGGGAGGAGCAACUCGAUAUCGAGAGUCCAGAAGAGUUUGGCAAAGCCGAAGGAAUGCAAUCGAGGCAGCUGUCGUCUUCCUUUGUUUCUCGAUAUGUCCCGUCGUGGCUUCUCUCGUCAGGUGUUCCGGUGCCAGCCUUUUCGGAGGGAGAAAGGGAACAUGAAAUGACAAGGGACAUGCAUCUGCUUCCGGCCGGCGGCGCCCUUGCCGUCCACGGGAACACAGCGAGUUCUCGAUUGUCUUCAGAACCGCCGCUCUCAUUUUCAGGGAGCUCUCGCAGGCUGAGCGCGGCUUCAGCGCUGCAGCACCAAGAAAACGGGCAUGACAGGGAAAAGGUCAGAAAGGGCCCGCCGCAAGGCCAGCAUUGGAUGACCGAGCUGCUCAGAAAACUACUGCGCUGGGGAGGCUUGUUUCGCCGCGGUCGCAAGAAGAAACGCACACAGGGGGGGAAGGUGAAGACGGUGGGAGAUGCCCCAGCACUGACGAUCAACAGCGAACUGAUCCAAAGUGCGGGGUAUGGUGCACAGCUUCCCGAGGGGACUGCAAACGCAAGGCAGCACACCCCAGGCGCGUCCGAUGCUCCCACAGAGUCCCCUGGACACCCAGUCCCGUCGAGGGAUGCGGUGGGGAGUUCCCCGUCGACGUCGGACACAACCUCGACGGCUCCGCCGUCUCUGGGAGGGCGAGAGCUGGAAACUCAUUCGCAACCUCAACUGGAGAACGGACAGCCAGACCUGCGAACUCAGGACGGCGUGAACGCACGCGACACUGUAUCAGCUCCAUUCCGGGCGGCGUCCUCUUCUGGAUGGGAACCGGCAGGCCUGCAUCCAUCAGGGACGGCUGACGCCGUCGAUGACGGAGUGGGAUCCUCUCGUCCCCGCACCUUUGUUUUGUCUGAUGAGGGAAUGCCUCUCGAGCCGGAGCGGUCCCCGGUCGAGUCCUUGGAAGCUGGCAGAAGUCUUCGUGUUCCGGCAGAGACACCUUCCGCUGAUACUCGCGAAGGAAGACUCAAAGCCGGUGCGGAUGCUGGGGGAUCUCCUCUUGCUCCAGCGUACUCGAAUGCGGUGGAAGCAGCGAGCACGGGCGCUGGAGGCGAUGCAGCGCCGAGCGCGCCGCUUCCCUCAGAGGCGUCCGAUCGUACGCGUCCUGCGACAUCUCAUUCGAGCGAGAAGGCGCACGCGCCGGCAGAGCCUGGCGGUGCGUCGAGCCCGACCAAAUCAGCUGGGGGCCCUUUGAGUUUCGGCGGGAAAGGUGUUGAAGGUUCCGGAAUGCGAGAGCCGCCCGCAGGUCCGGUGAAUCUGGUGGCUGCUGUCCGUGAGCUGGCAGCCAAACUCCCGGGGGCGGGCCAACAAACCCGCGCAUCGGAGAAGCACGAAAAAGGAGUUAUUCCGGUGGAACCUUUGCACGGCAGUCGGGACGGCUUCGGGGAUCCGCUCAAGGACAUGCGAGGAAACUCGAGGAGUGACGGAGGACACCAGGAGGCGCGGGAAGGAAACUGGAGGCAGGAUGGAGAGGAGCCAGGACAAGAAGGCGAGUUUGCGGGGUUGAAACCCGCUCUGAGCAUACUGAUGCGCGUCCGGGAUCUCUCCGACGGCCGGUCUCCACACGGUUUGCAACAGGUGUUGCUGGAUGCGGCGACAAGCGGCCUGGACGCCGACACGCAGAUAGAGAUUCUCCAUGAACAUCUACGCAACGCACAUAAUAUGCUAACGGAUGCUGAGAACAGUAAUCCGGGUCCUGCGGGUGAAGGCUUUCACCGUAAUUUGGCGUCCGUGGUUGCAUCGCCGACAUUUGAGCUCAUCAUCUCGAGACUUUCUCUUCUUCGCGAACAAGUCCGAGAGCUUAAGGAGCACAGUCAGGCAGCCAUUCUGGCAGUCAAAGAUCUCUCAAGUAGAAUCCACGAUAUAAUGGGCGGUUACGCGUUCGGCAAAUUCGACGAUGCCGUCGAGGAAGGCUCGGAUAGGGUUCAAGGUGGCAUCCUGUCGCUGGAUACGAUCAAGACGCCUGUGACAGUGGUCUUGUAUGUUUUGGCGGGUUUGACGGGAUGUUUGCUCGGGAUUAUGAUCGUCUACCUCGCCUUUCUGUGCUGCUGGUGGAGACCGGGGACAUCGAAGUUCUCCACGGUUCCUUCACUCGUCUUCUGGCCCAUCGCUCUCUUGCUUGCCGUAUUCGGCUUCAUCGUCGGAGGCGCACUGCUGGUUGUAGCCGUGGUUCAAGUGGACGCCUGCCUUUUCAUUUCACGCGAAGUCCAACACCCAGGUGUGCUUGAAGCCCUUGCCGUUUCUUGUGGUUCACAAUCUGGAAACCUGGAAGACGUGGGAAACGCGGCUGCGAUUGCCAAGGCCUGUUUUGCAAACACCUCGGACGAAGCGCCUGUCGAGAGGAAUCUCACGCAGGCUCUUGGCUUGCAAGACGUCUCAACUUCAGUUGGAGAGUUCGAGCAAUAUCUGCGACGGUUCGAUUCCGUCGACUUGCAGAUGUUGGAUCGACUUCUCUUCGGUACUUCCCUCGCACAUGCAGUUCUUCAAGAUACAGCGUGGGUGUUCUUCCUCAAUUCCUAUGCUCUGUCUUCACAGGGGUCUUCAAGUCGAACAAACACCUACCUUCCUGUGCUCUACAGCGGUUUACAAGACAAAGCACGUACCUUCCACAGUCCCUUCGAUGUUCCGACAGCCCGCCUCGUGGGCCCUCCUGGACUUACGCGUGAGGACUUGCUUACUUUGCCUCCUUCGGGCGCAGCCGCGAGCGGCUUCCUUCAGUACAUAAACAGUGAACUCAAGCGGCUCCAGGCCAAACGUAGUCGCGCAAAUGAAGGAGACAGCACUCCCGCGGCGAGCACGGAAGCUGAGCGGGCGCCAGGCGCGUCAGCGAGUGCACCUCAAACGCCGAUGUUGCCGGCAUCGAGUGAUUUCAGCGACAAGAGUGUAGGUGGAGAGUUUCUUCUCUAUGGCCUGUUGGAUGUCGAGGAGUACAUUCAACCGUUCUACUUUGAAGCACUUCAUCGCGGUGAAACAGGCCGUGAUACGCGUUACCGGAUUGAUGACUUUUUCUCAGUCGACGCGCCUGAGAUUCGGGCCGAGAUUGCGCGACUGAAGCCCGAUCCGGAAGAGAGAAUCAAGUAUGAGAACGCCCUUUGGCUAGCUGCCCUUAAGCAGCGUCUGAGAACAGGAGGCGCUCAAAGUGGUGGACAUUCCACGCCCCCUGAUUCCGGUCCGGAAGCAGAGGCGUCGGAGGUGAGGGACGAUGCGCAGACUCACGCAACGUCCCCGAGUUCCCCUACCGCCACUGCAAAUGCAGCAAAGCCGCCAAAUCCUCUUCCGUUACCCUUCCGGUGCUCGGAAAAGAAACGGUUGAGCGGUCAAGAGCUCGAACGCGCGCGCACCCAGGAAGUCAACCGUACAAAGCGGCUACGUGAAGGCCUCGAUGGCUCCGAUCCAAGUGUAUGGAAGGACGAAGCCCAGGCGGAGGGUGCUCCUCGUAUUCUUCUUCCAUAUGGCCGAAAAUGGCGUCGAUGUGAUUAUGACCAGUGGACAGAUCUUGUCGAAAGUCAAGAACCAGUUGACCUUCUCUCACAGACUCAGGCGCUCUACGAUCGGGUUCAUAAUGCACGGAAGCUUGUCGAAAGAACAGUUGUAGUUCCCGUUGUGGACACCCUCGAACGCACUCGACGUCUGCUGAGCAAGAUGGACUGCACGCCUGUAUAUCAGAGUUUCCAGAUGGUGCAGGAGCGCGCGUGUUAUGAGAGUGCGGAGAGUGCAGCUUUAAUCGGCGUCUGCUAUCAAUUCCUCGGCUUCGCCGCUCUGGUGCUUUUCCUUAUUCUCUUUUGCGCCUGGCAAACGCUCAUGUCAAACCGGCGACGCGAACAGGAAGCACGGGUGGAUGGCAGCAUGUGGGCAUUCUUCGAGAACGAAAAGGAUCCUUAG